GCAGGAAACACGCACGGCAAUGGCGGUGCCCACGCCUCACCCUUGCCCAGCAUAUCCAGGACGCAUUGCUCGUGGUCGACUUGCUCUUCGCCUUGGCCUUGGCCUUCCUCUGCUUUGAAGGAAAGCCUUCUCCGUGUCGGAGGUGUACUCGCGCCUCAACUGUGCCAAGGAGCAACUCUUUGCGGCGGAGCUUUGUCCAAAUCCUCCUUGAGAAGGCUCAACAACUGCAGCUCAACAACCUCUGGAGUCCUUCAAGGCCUGCCAGAUUCACGCCAAUUUUGGGCGUCAGCCCCUUCAACAUCUGGGAUGGUCUCCUCGCACGCUUUGGGCAAACUUGGCGAGUAGCUUUGGGAGGAGCAUCAGCUUGGCCACACAAGCUCGAGCUCUUUUGCAAGCUCUCAGGCAGCUGGCCGCGUCAUAUCCUUUUUCGCAUCGACGGGGACAUCUGAUUCAGCCUGCGCAGAUCCAUGUGAGUGAUUCUUCCCCACACCCUGCAAC